AUGUUCAGGCGCGCAUUGGCCGGUUGCAUUCCAAAAGCUAUCACCAAUUCGUUUCCACAUGAGACUCCGCCCGCCGGUCACGGUCAAAGCCUCAGUGACCUGUGGAAUACCGCCUUCGAGCGAUAUCUGCACUCCCUUGGUCUUGAUGCGCACAACAAGAAUUUCAGUCUUUUUAUGGAGCUUAGCUAUCCAACUACCAGCGAUACCCUUCUUGACAAGCUUCAGCUGGCGUCGGCCCAUCUUAGCGACAAUCGUCGAGGCAGCCAAAGGGCACACCGUUUUAGGCAGAGUCUGAAACCGCUGGUCACCGGGCUUCUCGUACUCCUCGACGCAAGUGCCGAAACAGCAUCAUCACUGGGUGUCCCCGGAGGAAAAGGGAUAUUUGCUGCUGUUGCUAUCUUGCUGGAGGCUGCUGGUCGAGUAAGCACAGCUUACGACGAUCUUGAGAAGUUAUUCGACCGCUUCUGUGUAUACGUCGAACGAUUGCAGGUUCGGGUUAGAGUGCCUCUAACAGUAGAGUCGACAGAGAUAGCUGUGAAAGCUUUGAUAGAGAUGUUGAAGACAUUCGAGCUCGCCACCGUGAUGCUACGCAAGGGCCGCAUACGACACUUCCUGGGCGCCCUUUUCACCAAAUCCGAUGACCUUGAGAAGGCGUUGGAGGCACUCGAGGACGUGACGACUGAGGAAGAGAGAAUGGCCAUCGCCGAACUGAUCGCGGGUAUGCAUCAUCUAUCAGCGGACGUGCAAGACGUGAAGACCUCCCUUGCAAGCCUUUCUCGCAAUAUACACGAUGAUCGGCCGAUGCACGAGCGCACAGAGGCUGCUACGCAAGUCCUUUUAGCGGGGGCAUCGAAUAUACAAGAACAAAAUACCUCCUUGCUCAACAUGGUUCAAACUCUGUUGGAACGUGUUUCCGCACCGCCGACUGGUCCCCCCACUCUGACGGUGGUCAUCGCCGAUGCUUCUACAGACCCUGGCCUGUCCUCGUCCCAGGAGUUGGCAAGGACCAUACAGUCAGGGAACUUUCUCUGGAGACCGAUGGGCCGGGCGUCUGGGAGCAUAGUGAUUGUCGACCUACUGGGCAAUGCCAUCACCCUCGAUGAGGAUGCAGCCUCAACCCGGGAAAAGACCCACUCAUAUCUGCUGCAGGCUUUUCAAGGUCGCAUCGGGGCCUCAUAUGUGCAAAGGCGAGACUACGGUCUCGGAAACUCUACAACCUUGCUCAUUGAACCUGAGCAAUGGUCACAUGCCGUGAAAUCUGGUGCCACCCUCAAGAUGUGUGCCAUAGUCCGCGAUCUUUCGGCCCAUUGUCCGUACUGUCGCACGCCCUCAACAGGCAACGAGGAACGAUUUGAAGAUGGGCAAAUCAUCUGCGUCAACACUGAAUGCGGGCGUCCGUAUGGUACAUAUCGCGGACUUCGUGCUGAGGCAUUUCAUCGACAGCUCCCCUCACACCUACCCAAAGCGCACACUUCGCGGAAGUCUGUCCGCACGUAUGAACAUGACAGCGACCCCUCUCCGGACAACGUGAACAAAUCCAUCCGGACCAUUCAAAGGAUCGUCGUUAUCGUUCAGGGGCCUCAGAAUGAAAUCCCGCGUCUUCCUUUGAACGAGUCCUCCGCGGCGAGUGAACCUUCAAAUGGUCGGCAACCCGGUCUACCCUCGCAACGCCAGUUCGUACACGUCACGUCACCGGGUCCUGCUCAUUAUGAAGUGAAAGUGAUAAACGCCCACGUCGACUCCGGCAUCGGAUCUUCUCAUUCUGCUCCUCGAGACCUCUCGGACCUAGCCGCCCACCAUGGCCUCCCUCAGUCUUUCCCCAAAGCUCCCUCGCUCGUACCAACUCGCUUCGCUCAACAGCAGCCCCAACCAGAGCCAGAGCUAGACUUCGUCGCCCUUUGCCGACGGUAUUCUGCGAUGCACGACAAGGCUCCCGAAGACUGGGAAGGUUCUAUCAACUUCCCGGCGGUAGACCUCGGCCCCUACCCAAUCUCUCCUGAGGAGGCGGCGCUUGCCGUCUUUGACGUUCUCCAGCAAGAUUUUGCGUAUGAGCAGACACCCCUGGACGAGUUUAUCGCGGGAGCGUUCGAUGAGUCGCCCGAGCCAGACACGCUCCCCACGCCCGGCCACAGUCCCAUGGACUUCGGCGCUGAUAUAUUCCAGGGGACUUCCCCCGCCACCAUGUUGGACUCAUUCGACGACUACCCGCCGACCACCAUCUUUGACUCCUCCGGCAUGGAGGGGCACCAACACAUGUCCGAGCACCUGCCGCCGUUCGACACCCUCGUAUCUGGCAUGCCCCCGGAGUCGUCAAUCGAGCCGUCAUUCUUCAACGGCCCCAUGUCGCACGCGCUGCAGAACUCCCCCACAUAUGUGCUACGGCCAACAACUGCUGCAGCGCCUGAGCCCACUGCUCCGGCCAGGUUUGCGCGCAAGCGUACACGGUCGCAGAUCUUCGAAGAUAGCGACGGUGCUUCUCGGGACUCGCCGAUGUCCGAUGGGCUCGAGGUUGCCGGACGUCAAGCACAAAAACGCAGGUUGUAUACGUAG